CUAGAUCCGCUCCAAGCUUAGCUCCGUUCCCGGCUUUCAGCUGAGUAGGGUUAAUGUCAGUCGCUUCUGGUAAAUGUUUCCUGGUCACCGGACCGCGGGGCGUGGGCAAAACGACGUUGGUAAUGAGAGUGGUCGAGAGUCUUCGAGCUUCCCACCCAGAACUCAACAUUCAAGGAUUCUACACCCGGAGGGCUCAGCGAGAGUUGGAUUUGAAGUGGUGACCUUGGACGGUAGGCGCGGAACUCUGGCCACCUCAAUUGCGUCGAGGAAAUCCCUCAGUUGGCCUUGUGUUGGAAAAUACAGAGUAGAUUUGCCUUCUUUUGAGACAAUAGCAUUGCCUGAAUUAGAAGUUAAAGAAGGAACAGAUCUUUUCAUCAUUGAUGAAGUGGGUAAAAUGGAGCUUUUCAGUUCUUCAUUUUACCCUGCAGUUUUGAGAGUUUUUGAAUCUAAUACUCCAAUUCUGGCAACCAUACCCAUACCGAAGUAUGGUCGAGACAUCCCUGAAGUUUCUGGGCUACGGAAUCAUCCCAAGGCUACAGUAUGCACACUUAAUGCUGGGAAUAGAGAUGCCAUCAAAGAGACCAUAUACGCUCAGAUUGUCAGCUUACUGCGUGAACAGAGAAUGGGAGAAUAAAUGCUUUAGAGAUAUUAAUCCACAGACCAGUCAGAUGACAAGCUUGCUGUAAAAAAAAAAAAAAAAUUUGCAAAAUUUUAUAUAGGCAAUCGCAGCAUCAAAAACAGCUGCUAUUCUUGUUGCUGCAGUUUUUAAGCUGCUGUAACUCCUAGCACUGCAAAGAUUUUUAGCAACGGUUUUUAAAACUGCUGGGGAAAAGUUUUAGUGGCGAUCUCUUAUGCAGUGGUUUAUUUGCUAGUAACAUUGCAGCGGUUAAAAUUGCUAUUAAUUAUUAGUGCUGUAAAGACUUAUAGCAGCGAGUCUAAAAUCAUUAAAGAAGACUUUUAGCAACGCUAUUUUUUCGCAGCAAUUUUUAACUGUGAUUUUAAGUACAGCGAUUAA